AUGGCGACGUCGAUCGUGAGGAUGAAGAUGCGGCUGAGCAAGGGGAGCCAGGUCGAGGUCCAGCGGUGGGACGGUCAGUCGUCCUACUCCUGGCGCUGCGCCGACGUCGUCUCCGGCAAUGGCCGGUACUACCUCGUCCGUAUCCACGGGGCCACCGCGUCCCCGGCCGCGGUGCUCGAGCGAGUCCCCCGCAAGUUUAUCAGGCCGCAGCCGGCCCCGAUUGGCCUCCGCGCCCUCUACUCCUGGAGCCCUGGUGACGAGGUGGAGGCGCUCGUUGACCACGCCUGGUGGCCGGCUGUGGUUACCGCCGUCGGCUACGGGAAGGUCGUCGUCUACCUCCUCGGGAAGAUGAGGAAGGUCAGAGUCCGCGCGUGCGAGCUUCGGCUGAGGAGGCAGUGGGUCGACAACCAGUGGACGCUAGUCGAUAAGGAACCUAGGGAGGCCAUAAUUUCCAGUGGAUUUUCGGCGGCGGCUGAGUCAUGCAACGUUGCCGGCCGACAGAGCAGAAUCAUCAAAGAAGAUGAGGAAGAAGAGCAGAGGGGGGGCGUUGUUUUAAGAGAUUCUGGUUGUUGUUCCUCCGUUGGAAGUUGCAGUUGA